AUGCUUCGCUACGCUGUUCGUCGACGUGAUGCCAUGACGCCUGUCUACCCUCCGCAAUCGUCUCGAUGCCGACAACCACGGCCACGACGGCCACGACGGCCACGGGGCCUUCUGCCGCUAUUUCCAGGGGACCCGUCUGAUCCGGCCUUGCGAAGUCCCACGCCACCACUGUCACCGACCGACCCUCAGGGCUCCGUCAUCAAGUGGGCAGCCAAAGCUCAAAGCUUCAGCUCCUUGGACCGCGAACUGCAGAGAUACACGUCGACAAUCGCCACAUCGAUUUUGCCAGGAACAUAA